AUGGGCCACCAUUCCUGCUGCAACAAGCAGAAGGUCAGGAGAGGCCUCUGGUCGCCAGAAGAGGACGAAAAGCUCACCAAGUACAUCUCAACUUACGGCCAUGGCUGCUGGAGCUCCGUGCCAAGACGUGCAGGGUUGCAAAGAUGUGGCAAGAGUUGUAGACUAAGGUGGAUCAAUUACCUUAGGCCAGACCUUAAAAGAGGAAGCUUCUCUCCAUAUGAAGAAACUCUCAUCAUUGAACUCCACAGGAUUUUGGGAAACAGAUGGGCACAGAUAGCAAAACAUCUAACAGGAAGAACAGAUAAUGAAGUAAAGAACUUUUGGAACUCCACAAUUAAGAAAAAGCUCAUCGCUCAAGCUGUGGAAGGCCUCUCGCUUCCUAAUCUCUCAAACCAAAUUCCACCUCCUCAAGAUUUACUCCCACUAAGAUCAUUCGAAUUUCACACUUCUCAUGUUCAAGAUCAAUUUCAACCAGCUUAUAACCACCCCAGUAUAGCAGCACAAAUAUAUAAUUCCCAAGGCCUGCAACCUAACAUGGAAAAUCCAGCUCCCACCCAACCCUUGCAGCUCUCUGGUUCUUAUAGCUCCAUUUUGCCAUCUUACCCUCAACAGCAACAGCUUCAUCAACAUAAUCAUCAUGAACCCAACACAUUUUUCGACUUCGUCGAUCCGUUACGGUUCCAUACUGAAUCUAAAGGCGGCCUUAUCGACACAAAAAUUGGGAUUGCUAUGGAUAAUCAGCAGGUUAUCAACGAUCAGGAAUGGUUCAGUUCUCUAUCAUCAAUGCCUUAUUUAGAGAGCAGCUAUGGAUACAGCAGCCUGAUGGAGUAUAUGUAUGUUCUCACUGGGUCUCAUGAUCAGUCCUUGGCAGUGGUAGCAUGUGAUGAUCUUAACUCCAAUAACACUUCUAUCCAGCCAUAUUUGUUUCCCUAG